CACUAACCUAAAAUCGCAUCCAGCAAUCACAAACCAGUAAUCAGCUGAUUGUCAAUCAACUAAGCUACACUAGGAUAAUAAUCAAUUAAAACUGUGGAGAAAAUGUGCAGAUAUCAGUUGCGUUUAAUGUGCAGAGUGUGGGCCUGAAGGCCAUCAAAAAUCGAUCACCAGAGUAUAUGCCAGGAGUUGUUGGGGGCCCACUGCCAGAAUGUUUUCAGCCAUCAAGAGACUGACCAGCAAGGGAGAUGCAGCUGCAAGCAGCAACACUUCAAUGCCGUCCAACGUGCAGGCCAUGUCCUCUUCGCUGCAGCGAAAGUUCGCCAAAGGAGUGCAGUAUAACAUGAAGAUCGUGAUUAAAGGGGACCGAAAUGUGGGCAAGACCUGCCUGUUUCACCGGCUGCAAGGAAAGCGGUUCAUCGAAGAGUACAUACCAACGGAUGAAAUCCAGGCCACGUCCAUCCAAUGGAAUUACAAAGCGACAGACGAUGUGGUCAAAGUGGAGGUUUGGGACGUUGUGGACAAGGGGAAAAAGAAGAAGCAUCUCGACGGCCUUAAGCUUGAUAACGCCCAGCUCGACAUGCCCGAAGAAGCAGCCUUAGAUGCGGAAUUUCUGGACGUCUACAAGGGCACCAAUGGUGUGAUUAUCGUGCUGGAUCUGACGAAAAGCUGGACUUUUGACUACGUCCAACGAGAAUUGCCCAAGAUUCCAAGCCACAUUCCAGUCAUCAUUUUGUCUAACCAUUGCGACAUGUCGCAUCACAGGACUGUGACUGCUGAUCAUGUGAACUUCUACAUCGAGUCCAUUUCGGGGACACGGUCGGCUCAAGUGCGACACACUGAGGCAUCAAUGCGCAACGGUUUCGGCCUGAAACUGCUGCACAAAUUCUUCAACCUCCCGUUCCUGCAGCUACAGAAGGAGUCGCUGCUGCGUCAGAUUGAGAGAAACGAGCGCGAAACCCUGGCCACCAGCCAAGAGCUGGAUUCUUACGCCGAAUCGGACGAGGCCAAUUAUGCCAAGUUCCUGGACAAUUUAGUGAAAAAGCGCCGACAAGUAGCCGACUCCAAUGCGAACAUUCCGCCGCCCCUGAUCGCUGAGGGGGCAGACAUGCGACGAUCGCAGAGCUGCUCGAUUGUGAUAGGCGGCGGAAAGCCGAUUCCUUUCGACAAUGGGGCGCAAACUGUCACAAAAACGGCUGCUGUGGGAAAGAGCGCCAGCAUGAGCAGCGGCUUCGGCGCUCUUCCAGAUCUCCGUAAGUUGGACAUCAACCCGAUCACGUCGGUGGACGAGUUUUGCCCGGAGGGCGGGCACUUGGGCGGCUUUCUGGACGACGUUCAGUUCCAGGGCGCCUCCAGAGUCAUUGAGCAUGAAGAGACUGACUCGGACACUGACACGGGCAAUCCACUGGUUUCGGAGCUGCAGGAGGACUUCGAUCCGGAGGAGCCGGCGGCCUCCAAGCCAAUAAAGGUAGCGAAGAAACUGGAGGUUUUCUGCGCCGUCAAAGCGCCCAAGUCGGACGGCAGCAGCGAACUUGAGGUGGAGAAAACCAUCCCGGAAGACUACGACAUGAAGCACACCAAUGACGAGUUUGAUUCCACCAUAAAUUCGGAGAUUUCCGAGCUGACCUCCGAUGUGUACGAUGGAUGGUCGGCGCCAGACUCCAAGUGGCGGCGCUCUCCUGAAGGGGGUGAGGACACGUCCAUGGUCAGCCAGAACAUGGACAACGACAGUAUUUCCGUGACGUCGUCCAACGUGCACAUGGAGCUGCUAACGUCCAGGAAGACGCCCAGCUCGGGCAAUGCGAGCGUGCUGAGCGAGAGCGAGGAUACGCACACGUCCAGCUCGGUAAAGGACAAGAAGCACAAAGAGAAGACUGAUAAGAAGCACAAGAAGAAAAAGGAUGAGCGGCCCAAGGGCGAGAAGAAGCACCGAAGAAGAUCCAAAGCGGAGGCGGUGUCUCGACGUGAUGAGUUGGAGGAGUUUCUGAAUGGCACCAGCAGUCCCCCAAUCGACACUGCCUAUGAGGCUAUUUAACAAUUAUCUUGGCUACUGGGGCUGAUUGCUUAAAAAACCUCUAUCCGCAAAUUAUUCGAUAUUUACCCAUAAAAAACUAACCGCUCUCGCCAAGCAUCAGUUACUAUUCGUUAUAAUCACUAGUUUUUGUUGUGCUGUUCAAAUAACGAUUUUAUUUAUACAAAUAAAACAAUUAAUAUUUUA